AUGGUGAAGAGUUGUGGCAAGGAUGGCUUUCAUAUCCAUGUGCUCCUGCAUUCUUUUCAUGUCAUCCGCAUUAAUAAGAUGUUAUGUGCUGGGGCUGAUAGGCUCCAGACUGACAUGCAGGGCACAUUUGGGAAGCCCCAGGGCACUGUAGCCCAUGUACACAUUGGCCAAAUUAUCAUGUCAAUUCGAAUAGAGGUCCAGAAUAAAGAACAUGUGAUUGAAGAUUUGUGGAGAGCCAAGUUCAAGUUCCCUGGCCACCAGAAGAUCCACACCUCCAAGAAGUGGAGUUUCACCAAGCUCAAUGCUCAUCAGUUUGAGGAUAUGAUAGCUGAGAAGAGUCUCAUUCCUUAUGGCUGCGUGGUUAAGUACAUCCCCAGCUGGGACCCCUUGGACAAAUGGCAAGCACUCCACUCAUGA